CGCGCUCAUCUUGCUACCAUCAGGCCGCACUCAUGCAGAACGACGCCGGCGAGUUCGUGGACCUGUACGUGCCCUGGAAAUGCUCUGCCAGCAAUCGCAUCAUCGGCGCCAAGGACCACGCGUCCAUCCAGAUGAACGUGGCCGAAGCUGACAAGGUGACAGGCAGGUUCAACGGUCAGUUUAAAACCUAUACUAUCUGCGGGGCCAUUCGCAGGAUGGGAGAGUCGGAUGGCUCCAUUCUCCGAGUGGCCAAGGCCGAUGGCAUCGUCUCAAAGAAUUUCUGAGACUGGAGAGGAUCAUGGAUGUGGGUGGGAUGUUUGUCAUAAAUAAACAGUGAAAACCC